GACCAUGUUCCUGCUAGGACUAACAGUGGGGAUGUGCAAUGAGUUAGAGUUGUUUUGACCCCUCGCUGGCACACGCAUCUCCAGGCAUGCUCUUUUCUGAGCUCUUCCUGAGCAAAAGUGAGGGCAGUGCCCAUAUGAGGUCUCUGGAGCUCAAGGGGGAGCAGCUACUUAGGACCCCAGCCCUACCGCCUCACAUGCAGUCCACGUGCCACAUUCCCAGUGGAACCUUGAGCAUAGGGGCAGGACCCAGAUGAUUUACAGCUGAAGGAGACUUUGGAGUUCAUCUGGACCCAGCCCCUCAUGUGGACCAGCUGGGAACGAGCGGAUAUGAGUUCUCUCAUCCUGCCCAGGGGGUGUCCUGUCAGCUGGACAGGUCUUGCUCUGUUCUCCCUCUGCCCCAUCUCUUUAGGCUGGAAUUUCUACUCAGAGGAUUCCAUGUUGGAGGACCCCAGGAGUCUGGAAGCUUUGGAAUAGAGCAGACCUGUCCUUAUCUCUUCAAAACCAUUCACAGUGAUGGCCUGGGGACAAGAACACAGGACAUUCCAUGCUAGGGACAUUCCAUUCCGUGCUAGGGCCACCAUGUGAUAUGCAGGUGCCUCCGAGGGAGAGCUACCUGCCAGUCUCUCCAAACCUACAUUCUUCCCUUCGGCUAUGGAGAAAAGUCUAUCCUACUUUUGGCAGGGACACAUACACUUCGGGUUCUCAUCAAGCACCUGCUAAUGGCUGGAUUCUGCCUAUCACCUUGAAUAGAAAGGAAUCACCUGGGCUCUACCCUGAAGAAGACGGCAAUAGGACAGAGGUCCAGCCUCUCAGGAUCUCCCCAGUGACGUAGCCAAGCAGAAGAUGGCUCUCAGUCCAAUGAUGACAGGAGUGAUCCUGCUUGGGUCCCUAAGGUCUCAGCUCAGGAAGUCUGACCUGCCUAUUGUGCCACGCCUAUCAAAUAUUCCUCUGCAGAUGAAUUUCAUAGCAGAACAGUUUCAAGGGAAAUGGUAUGUUGUUGGCGUGGCAGGCAAUGCCUUCACAAGCGAAGAGCAGGGACGGUUUAAGAUGUAUACCACAGCCUAUGACCUACAGAAAGACAAUAGCUACAUAGUCACCUCCACCAUCCUCAGGGAUAAUCUAUGUGACAGAUUUGUGAGAACUUUUGUUCAGAAGGAUCGACCGGGCCAGUUCACCUUGGGCAACCUCAAAAGUUAUGGUCUGCAGGAUUAUUUUAUCAGAGUGGUAAAAACUGAUUAUAACAACUACGCCGUGGUGUACUUUAAGAAGACCGUGAAUAACGUUGACUACUUCAAGAUCACUUUGUAUGGGAGAAGAGAUAAUCUGCAACCUGAAUUGAAGAAAGACUUCACUAACUUUGUCAAGUCAUUGGGACUCACCGAUGAAAACAUCGUCUUCCCAGUAAAAAUCAAUAAGUGCAUUUAUGAGGCCUGAGUAUGGUCUUCCUUACUCCCAGGGAGGAAGGGAUCAUAUCAAGGUCCAAGUCCUGGCUCACUUUGCCAGUCUUGUUCAUUGGAUCUUCUUCUACUUUACUCAUCUCUCGGCGACCAACUGGAGGCCCCUGACCAUCCGUCGCUCUCGACUCUCUUUACAAGCACGAUCCCCUUUCCCUCUUCUUGUAGCCUCUACCUGACUCCACAGCCUGGGACUCCUCUCACCUGUUCCCCCUUUCAACUGAUAGCAAUGGAAGAAUAAAAAAAGUGUAUCAAGGA